AUGUCUUCCGCAGCCUGUAUCUUCUGCAAGAUUAUCAAGGGUGACAUCCCUUCCCUCAAGCUCUUUGAGAGCGACAAGGUCUUUGCUUUCCUGGAUAUCCAGCCGCUCAGUCGCGGCCAUGCGGUGCGUCCUCCAUCCUAUGUCCCCUUCCCCCGCACUGCCGAAGCGUCGACUCCAUCGAGUCCAAUGUCGCGAUGUAUCUGUGAUUCAGAAGAUAAUAUCGAUACCUGGCUCGUGAUCCCCAAGUUCCACGGCGCCAAGUUGACUGAUAUCCCCGACGAGGACCUUCUCGAGAUCCUGGAUACUCUUCGAGGAUACAUUAUCAAGAAGAAGGUUGAUUUGGAGAAUGGAAACAUCUGGCCCGUCGCAAAGAAGAUUGCCCAGGCUAGCGGUGCCACAGAUUUCAACAUCCUGCAGAACAAUGGUCGUAUCGCCCACCAAGUUGUUGACCACGUCCACUUCCACAUGAUCCCCAAGCCAAAUGAAAAGGAGGGUAUGAGCAUUGGCUGGCCCACUCAGGAGACCGAUAUGGACAAGUUGAAGGCUUUGCACGAAGAGAUCAAGUCUAAGAUGUAA